UACGGGUUGGACAGUCUGAAUUCAUGAGGCUAGUUCGCGGCUGGAGCGGGAACCUUCGAAUUUCUGACCUUCGUCGACCGGGUAGGCUUCUGGCCUAGUCGGCAAACCGGACACAGCAUUUGAGAUUGAAAGGUUGAGAUUUUAUAUUUAUUUAUUCAGUCAAACAUAGACAUUAAACAUGGCAUCAAUUUCAAGUAAACUUCUAGGGUGAAAUAGUGCCACAAUGGGCUGCUUUAAAACAAAAUGAAAGCCAAAAAGUAAAAAAUAUAUAUAUAGCGAAUUAACAAUAUAAAUGGCAAAUAAGAUGGUAUUAGAUGGUAAACAUCUUAAUUAUCUUAAGUCGUUUCAACUUUUUUGUCUGUAGCUUGUUUUGUCUUUCCGAACUCCAUGGCUUUAUGUACCAAGCUAACUGUAGCUAAGCUUAUCGCUUUAGCUAUGUUUGCAUCAUCAUACUUAAUUAAAGUAAAACCAGAGGACAAUUGGGUGGAGACACCCUCCCUCCAAUGCGUGAUGGCCCCAGAGAGACGCUUUGACUGUGCCCGGGACAGAGUCCUCAGCAAGAGGGAAUGUGAGCAGAGGGCUUGUUGUUACUCUCCACUCAAUGACUCCAGAGCUCCAUGGUGCUUCUACCCUCAUUCAUACCCUGGCUACACAAUGGGGCCCCUGACCCCCACCCAGAGGGGGCAGGCUGCCACUCUCACCCGUGCCACCGCCUCGUACCUGCCCAGAGAUGUCUCCACUCUUUACCUAGAAGAGACACAGGAAUCUGCGGGCUGUUUACGCCUCACUAUGAAGGAUCCAUGGUCGCAUCGUUAUGAAGUUGACCUCCCUGAUGGAGUCCCUCAGGGCAAAGCCAGUAGCCAAGAUGCCCUCUAUAACAUAGAAUACCACACCAAGCCAUUUGGAUUUAUUGUGACACGUAAAUCCAACGGGAGGGUCAUCAUGAAUACCACAGUGGCACCUGUGCUGUUUUCUGACCAGUACCUUCAGCUAUCCACUACCCUGGCCUCCUCUCUUGUGUCAGGCCUUGGAGAGCACUACACCUCCUUGAUUUUGGAUCUUAACUGGACCUCCCUGACCCUCUGGAACAGAGAUAUGGCCCCUCAUGCUGAUGCAAACCUCUACGGCUCUCAUCCGUUCUACAUGGUACAGGAGGAGGAUGGACUGGCACAUGGAGUGUUCCUUCUCAACAGCAAUGCCAUAGAGGUAAUCUUGCAGCCUCUGCCAGCUCUGACUUGGGUGUCCACAGGUGGGAUCCUGGAUCUAUAUGUCUUCAUGGGUCCAGAUCCUCAGACUGUUAUACGACAAUACCUGCAAAUCAUUGGGUACCCCAUGAUGCCCCCCUAUUGGUCACUGGGCUUCCACUUGUGUCGCUGGGGCUACACAAGUACUAAUAUGACCCGGCAGGUGGUACAGAGGAUGCAUGAUGCCAACUUACCUUUGGAUGUGCAGUGGAACGACCUUGACUAUGCAGCCAAGCACAGGGUAUUCACCCUUGACCCCUUGCGCUUCGGGGACCUGAAAGAGAUGGUGGAGGAGUUGCACCACAAAAGAGGCAUGAAGUACAUCCUCAUCCUGGACCCAGGGAUCAGCACCACGAGUCCUCCUGGAACUUACCCUCCCUUUGAUGAUGGGCUGAAACGAGAUGUGUUUAUAAAGAACGCUUCAGGUGAUCUUCUAAUUGGGAAGGUUUGGCCUGGACCAACCGCGUUCCCUGACUUCACCAACCCGGAGACACGACAGUGGUGGGAAGACUGUAUUAGGGCUUUUUAUGCAAAAGUUCCUGUGGAUGGAUUAUGGAUUGAUAUGAAUGAACCAUCCAAUUUCGUUGCUGGCUCAUUGGAGGGUUGUCCCGACACAGAUCUUGAGAACCCACCAUACAUUCCCAUCCUCCCAACAGGGGUUAUUGGUGGUCGCUUGAACUCACAGACUAUUUGCAUGUCGGCUCAACAAAAGCUGUCAACACACUACAACCUGCAUAAUAUGUACGGACUGACUGAAGCCUUCGCCACUCACAGUGCUCUUGUGAAAGUACAAGGGAAGAGGCCGUUUGUGCUCUCUCGCUCCUCAUACCCGAGCAUCGGACGCUUCUCUGGAGUUUGGACAGGAGACGUCAGGAGCGACUGGGAGCAGCUUCGAUACUCCAUCCCUUCCGUGCUACAGUUCAGCCUGUUUGGGGUGCCUCUGGUGGGGGCGGACAUCUGUGGCUUCCAAGGAAACACCACAGAGGAGUUGUGCGUACGAUGGAUGCAGCUUGGGGCCUUCUAUCCAUUCAUGAGGAAUCACAAUGACAAGCCAUAUGCUUCUCAGGAGCCGUAUGUUUUCGGGCAGAAGGCCCAGACGGCCAUGCGCAUUGCACUGAACCUUCGUUACUCCCUCCUCCCGUUUCUCUACACACUCUUCCAUCAUGCACACACCUCCGCAGACAUGGUGGCCAGGCCUCUUUUCAUGGAGUUUCCCACUGACCCUAACAGUCAGACCAUUGACCGACAGUUCCUAUGGGGGAGUUCUCUCCUCAUCAGCCCUGUCUUAGAGGAAGGUGCAGUGGAGGUUGCAGCUUACCUGCCUCCCUGUACUUGGUACAGCCUACACAAUGGUCAGCCUUUGUACAGCAAAGGUCAGUUCCUGGUCCUGUCCGCUCCUUUGGACACAAUCAACAUCCACGUGAGGGAGGGCCACAUUAUCCCCCGGCAGGAAUCUGCUUUAACAACAGCGGCCUCACGCAGAAACCCCUUUUUCCUGACCGUUGCGCUCUCAGCAGCAGGUUCAGCCUGGGGCGACUUGUUCUGGGAUGAUGGGGAUAGUAUUGACACAUUUGAAAGGGGAACUUAUUGUUACAUUAUCUUCACUGCUGAACAGUCCCAGGUGAUGAGUGUCCCUAUUAGAAUGAAUGGAGCACUAGAUGGUCUUAUACUGGGCGGAAUGCAGGUGUUUGGGGUCCUCUCACCACCUCAGUACGUCGUAGCCAAUGGAGAGAAAGUGAAGGAUUUCCUGUAUAAUAAUGACACAAAGGUUUUAAAAGUGAGCAGGCUGGCCUUGCCCUUGUCAAAGAUGAUUACAGUCCAGUGGGUUCUGUAAUGCACUGAUAUCAACUGUCCAUUUUUUUUAAAGAAAGAUAAAAAAUGUGGCUAAACAAUAUUCACACCUACAAAUACCUGGGAGUGCAUCUGGAUGAUGGACUGGACUGGACAGCCAACAUGGAUGCUACGUUCUUCAACGUAUACAAGAAGCUGCUACAGAUCUUCUACCAGACUGUGGUAGAUAGUGCCCUUCUUGAAGAGAGCAGCCUCAAGAAGAACAAUGCCACAUGUUGUAGAAAUCCUCCCCCGAGGACUCUAAGUGGGUUUCGAAUAGAGGAUAAGGGAAUCUUAAAGAAUUCCAGAAUGAAUGAGAACCAGAUUGUUUAUUCCUGUCAACAAUACCUAAUACAGACGUCCGGGCUUAUCUGCAGUCCCUGUAUGCCUACAAGUAAGCGGGUCUUAUGACAGCGCAGCUGCAAAAAAGCACCCUUCCUUUCCCUGCCCGGCGUUUUAUACACUCAAGAUUGGGUAAGAGGAUGGAGUCCUGGACCAAUCAGCUUUCGUCACUGCCCUUGCGUGAACCGCUCCUUUCAUGGUGUUUCUGCUUUUGUUUGUUCGCAGGGGCAUCAAGGCGUUGUCUGUAUUUGUGAGACUAUGUGUUUGUUUUAGCUUUUAUCUCUAGCUAGCAAAAUUGAGCAAAUACUUUCAACGUUUGGACAAACUGGUGAGGAAGGCAGAUGCUGUCAUUGGCACUGAACUAAACAAUUUGACGUCUGUGGCAGAGCAAAGGACACCGAGGAGGCUCCUUUCCAUUAUGAACAACCAGCAUCAUCUCAACAGAAGAGCGAUUUCAGUGGCAGAUUACUAUCACUGUCUUGCUUUGCCGAAAGACUGAGGGUAUCAUUCCUCCCCCACGCCACUACAAAUUUGACAUGAUCUGUUGUGUUUUAUUUUGUGACAUCAGUGAGCUCAUGACAUUUUUGCAGACGUUAUGGAAAUGUGAAUUUCUCUUGGCAAUC